ACGUGUGUUCAAAAUUAGAAAAUACGGAGUAAAAUGCAAUUUGGUCGACAAAUGUAAAAUGGAAGAGAGUAUUUCUUUAUUUAUUCUUUGAACAAUGAUGAUGCAACAACAUCUUGUCUGCAAGGCAGUUGUUCCCCGGCACGGCCACUCGCUCGCCAACCUACCCACCGAUUCCGUGCUGGUCUGCUAGGGUUUGGCCCGGAUUCUCGAUUAGGGUUUCUACCUCAAGUUCAAGAAAAUGGAGAGCUUCAACCAUCUAGGACAACAAGAGGCUGAUGGGCACAGAAACGGCACCGGUAGCUUCUUAUACUCCGGCUCCGUUCUCUCCGCACCGCCGAGUUACGACAGAACCACCACACCCGCCGCCGCCGGAAACUUCCACCUGCAGCCUUACGAUCAUCCCGUAGUGAAGACGGAAGGGGGAGUCACCACUUCCAAUCACACCCAAAGCUUUGAAGGUGAGGAUGAAGCUAUAAAGGCAAAGAUCAUUUCCCAUCCUCGGUAUUCCAAUCUCGUGGAAGCUUACAUGGACUGUCAAAAAGUUGGUGCUCCGCCGGAGGUGGCGGCGCGUCUCGGGGAGGUCCGGCAAGAGUUCGAGUCCCAGCAGCGAGAUUCAAUACUUGGUGGCAGAGAUAUAUCAUCUAAGGACCCAGAACUCGACCAGUUCAUGGAAGCAUACUAUGAUAUGUUAGUGAAGUAUAGAGAAGAGCUGACGAGGCCUUUACAAGAAGCAAUGGAGUUCUUGCGGCGGAUCGAAUCGCAGCUAAAUAUGCUAAGCAAUGGUCCUGUUCGGGUCUUCAAUAGUUCUGAUGAAAAAUGUGAGGGUGUUGGCUCAUCAGAAGAGGACCAAGACAACCACAGCGCCGGGGAAACCGAACUAACUGAAAUUGAUCCUCGGGCCGAAGACCGAGAGUUGAAGAACCACUUGCUGAGGAAGUAUAGCGGCUAUCUAAGCAGUUUGAAGCAAGAACUCUCAAAGAAAAAGAAGAAAGGGAAACUCCCCAAAGAAGCGCGUCAAAAGUUGCUUAGUUGGUGGGAGUUGCACUACAAAUGGCCUUAUCCUUCGGAAACGGAAAAGGUGGCGCUGGCCGAAUCAACGGGUUUGGAUCAAAAGCAAAUAAACAACUGGUUCAUCAACCAAAGGAAGCGACAUUGGAAGCCGUCUGAAGAUAUGCAGUUUAUGGUGAUGGAUGGGCUGCAUCCUCAAAAUGCAGCUCUUUAUAUGGACAGUCACUACAUGGGAGACGGUGCCUAUCGUUUGGGUCCAUAAUAAAUAACAUCAAAGUCGGAACUAACAUGCUGUAGGGACUUGUGAUGACUUAGUAGGGACAUGAAGGCUUGUUUGGGAAUGCCAUGGAAUAGUUACUUUUACACUACAACCUAUGCCGGGAGACUAAUGAAUUUAAAACCAAUCAAGUGUGAAGCAGAUUAGGACCGGGUGCUUUUAAUUAUUUAUGAGUAUGUAUUAUGUAUUGUAACAGGCAUGCAUGUAGUAAUGCAAAUUAAUUGUAUAUGGCUGAGAUUGAUGAUUCAAUUUGAACGAUCAUGCAUUCAUGCAUAUAGAUUUUCACAGUACGACUAUGCCCGUAGACAUUUGCUAUUGCUUUAUUCGGAACCUGGUUGCUAGCGGAGAACUAGCCCUGAAGUAUUGUAACACUAAUGAGCAGGUUGUCGACGUUCUUACGAAGUAAUAAUCACAGGCUAUACAUCGUUUCUUCCCUUUGCAGAUGGGACUAUCCGACUAUGGGAGUUGCUAAAUGUGAAGCAAGGGAGAGUGUUAACUGAGAUGCUUCAAAUUUAGUGGUGUACAACUAAAUUCCUAUUUUUAUGGCAUGAUUUCCUGUGCAGAUUGUUCUUUACUUUGUUGAAUUUGUAUUUCCAUCCUAUUAGGUGAAGUGGGCUAAGUUGGUGCCUAUGUUUAUUACCCACUUCUAGUAUUAUUUGCUGAUUUAUAAGAAUUGGAGUUGCUAUGCAAGUAUGCAACCUAUUUAACCAUGACAUUCUCAGUAAUAAAAGUCAAUGUUUCAUACUGUCUUUAAAAGAAGCAUUCCAAUUUCCACACUCUGUAUUUCAGUUUAUA